UUUCAGGUGUGUGUUCUCUAAAACGAAUAUCUAGUCAAAAGAGUAUGGCAGGAUCCGAAACAGUUUAUGGUGGAGUUGAAGGGCCAGAUGCGAUGUACGUGAAGUUAAUCAGUAGUGAUGGACAUGAAUUUAUUAUUAAAAAGGAUUUGGCACUAACAUCGGGUACAAUCAAAGCGAUGCUGUCCGGUCCUGGCUCUUAUUCUGAAAAUGAAACAAACGAAGUUAAUUUCAGAGAAAUUCCGUCACAUGUUCUACAGAAAGUAUGCCAGUAUUUCGCAUACAAAGUCCGCUAUACAAAUAGUGCAACGGAAAUACCUGAAUUUAGUAUAGCUCCUGAAGUAGCUCUCGAACUUUUGAUGGCAGCUAAUUUUCUGGAUUGCUAAUCGUCGGCUUUAAGAUGCGGUAACUGUUCACCUCAGUUGUCUCCACUUCUUUACGAGCAACAUAGUUAUUUAGUUUCAAGGAAGAGAUACUGUUUUAGAAUGACUGAAAAUAACUUUCUCCUUUUUUAUUUCGUGUUUUUAUUUCAAAUGAUAAUGUCUCUGCGCUUCUUGCACUUACUAAACAUUUCACUGAUUGCAUUUGUUCUCUACGCAAACAAUAUUCGUUAGCUUGCCCUGUACAGUCUUAUUUUUUCUUGCAUUGGCGAUUCUCUGGAGUAAUGUUGCAAGCGUUUUCAAUAGAUAGAAUGGAAUGAUUACAGUUCCUUAUUUACGGUGAUUUAAAUUUAAGUGCCAAGCUUGCUUACCGUUCGGAGAAGUUUUAACGACUUUUCACCCAAGAUUUCUUGAAAUCUCACUUCCUUAUCUCUUAAUUUAUAUUGCAGUACUUUGCAUGUCUCUUUAUUAUAAUCUUUGGAAGAGAAAGGAGACACGAAAUUUGAUGAAAAGGUUUGCUUCAUCAACUAGUAGAAUCAUGUGGAUAUGUUUUUCUUAGUACUCCUGUUGCUUACGUUCCAGUUAUCAAUGAGUUAUCAGUAAAAAAGUGAUUGCGAUAUAUAUGUUUCAUUUUUGUCAUAGGAGGAAGAAUCGCAGGAAAAUUCGACUGAUAUCUUUCACGCAUGUAAA